ACGAGCCGCUGAUCAGGGAAGAGGCAGAUGAUAUGGCAGCUUUGUGAGCGACCAGGUGGAACUUGCAUUGUUAAGACGGUUAAACGUCGGAAUAUGAAAACAUUUUAACGCGGAAACAGGGAGAGGGACACUGCUCGAAAUGAUUUACUUGAUAGUCAUUUCCGCAUUAUCUGGAGCACUCUUUACAUUGGUAUUACAGUUCUUACUGCUUUACCGGAGAAGCCCCGAGCCUAUAGCCAGGACAGUGCAAUAUGUCAAAGCAGUGCCUGAUCCCGCAUUGAAGGAUUACUUUAAUAACCAACAUGCAGAAUCAGGCCAGCAGCAACAAGACAACACAUCAUCCGCAUCCGCUGCACCCAAACAGCAAGAGGCCAUCACUCCCAGGCAUCAGGAAGCGGCUGCCACCAGCAGUAGCCCUAAACAACAAACGCUACCGCCUUGUCAAAGUGAGCCCCUCCACACCUCCAAACCGGAGACGUGCAAUUUUCUAAAUGCUAUAUUUUUGUUCCUAUUCAGAGAACUCCGCGACACUCCCGUCGUCAGGCAUUGGCUGACCAAAAAGUUCAAGGUGGAGUUCGAGGAGCUAUUACAAACCAAGACAGCUGGUCGGCUGUUGGAGGGACUCAGUCUCAGGGAUAUCUCCCUUGGUAAUUCUUUGCCCGUGUUUAAAACGGCAAAACUUAUGAAGCCAGUGAGUUUAAAUGAAGACGGCAUGCCCGAGGAACUCAAUUUCGAGGUGGACCUUGAAUAUAAUGGCGGGUUCCAUCUAGCAAUUGAUGUAGACCUCGUUUUUGGGAAGUCAGCAUACCUGUUCGUAAAAAUGACGCGUGUGGUUGGAAGACUGAAGCUGCAGUUCACUCGCAUGCCUUUUACGCACUGGUCCUUCGCGUUCCUUGAGGACCCACUGAUAGACUUCGAGGUGAAGUCACAGUUCGAGGGAAGGCCCUUGCCCCAGCUCACCUCAAUCAUUGUCAACCAGCUGAAAAGAAUCAUCAAGAAGAAACACACCUUGCCAAAUUACAAAAUCAGAUACAAACCCUUUUUCCCUUUCCAAGUGCAACCUCCUAUUGGGUCUUCCGCCUGUGACUUGGACCUCUCCGUUCAGGACUCAGGAUUGGUGGAGGGCCGGCUUAGGGUCACCCUUGUUGAAUGUAGCAGGCUUUUUAUCCUUGGCUCGUACGACAGAGAGACCUACGUGCACUGCACCUUUGAGCUGAGCAGCCACGAGUGGAAAGAGAAAACACGCAGCUCCAUCAAAACGACGGAGGUGAUCAAAGGACCCUUUGGCAAUGUGGGUAUGACGUUCAGGCACGUCCCUGCCUGUGAGGGUGACGCAGUCCAUGUCAGCAUCGAGACGGUCACUCCCAACUCUCCUGCUGCCCUGGCAGACCUGCAGAGGGGCGAUCGACUCAUCGCCAUUGGAGGUGUCAAAGUGACAUCCUCUGUCCAAGUGCCCAAACUGCUGAAGCAGGCGGGGGACAGGGUGCUGGUCCUGUACGAGAGGCCUGUGCGUCACCAGAGUCCCACCGUGGGCCUGGGAGCCCUCCAGGAGGGGCUGGGCCAGCUAGAGGAGCCCAGCUUCAUCCCUCCGCCGGGGGGCUAUGAGGAGGACCCGGCCCCCAUCACCACACUCGCCGACAUAGCCGACAGCAAAGACAUGGACUGUGAGUAUGAAGACUUGACUGUGGACCCCAAGCCUAACCCCCUUAGCAGUAGCGCGGAGGCCAAGGAGGAUUUCCUGUCCGUAAACCAAAGCCCCAAAAGGACUGUGACCAAUCUGGCCUCAAAACCCCUCGGCAGCAUAUCGCCCAUCCUCAACCGUAAAAUGAACCUGGCAGGGCUUCAGUCGCCGGCCAGAUCCCCACCCACACCGAAGCCCUCGCCACACAAGAGCAUUGAGCCUGGAGAGGGGCCACAGCGCCCCACCGGCCCCCCUCCACCCCCACCCACUCGCCCGCCGGUGCCUCCUAGACCCCACAUUAAAUUAACGUCCGCCUCUUCUGAAACCCAAAGUCUGCUGGAGGGGAGUGAAGCUACCAACGGGGCUGAGAGAACUCCAGAAAAGACUCAAACACACUCCACUGGAAGCAAUGGUGACAAAGGCAGUGUUUUGACGACUCCUGUGAAACAGCCCGAACCAAAGCCAGCAGUCAAAGCACCCGAACCCUGCGAAGAGCCGCCAGCGCCCCCCUCCACUCCCAGCAAGCAGGACCUGGCCAAAGACAAGGUUUCUGAGAGCUCCAUCAACACCCGAGACAGCAUGGAGGAUCACUCAAUGUGGGAGUCCUCAGAGAUGAUGUUCCGCAACCGGACGGCCCACUGGGGCCAUGCCUCUGUGGUGUUAGAGGUGGAAAGCAACCAUAAGUACCUUAACGUGGCACUGUGGUGCAAAGACCCCUUCAAGCUGGGCAGCCUUCUGUGUCUGGGCCACGUCAGCCUGACACUGGAGCACGUGGCCCUGGAGUGUCUGUCCACGUCCUCAUCUGAGUACCAGAGCACCUUCAGGCUGGAAGCCCCAGAGCCCAGGGCCAGCGUCAGCCGCACCGCCCUGCGCAGCCUCAGCACCCACAAGGGCUUCAACGAGAAGCUGUGCUACGGAGACAUCAUCCUCAACUUCAGCUACCUGGCUGAUGGAGAGUCAGAGACGUGCGGCGGGCUGGCGGAGCGGGAGAAGAAGGCCAGUAUGCCGGACGAGGAGCUGAGGGAGAGGGAGAGGGAGCAGCCUUCCUCUAUUCCCAGUGAUGAUCUGGCCUACAGCACCAUGCAGCUGGUGGAGGUGCGCCACAACUUCCAGGACACCCAGUUCCAGAACCCCACCUGGUGCGAGUACUGCAAGAAGAAGGUGUGGACCAAGGCUGCCUCCCAGUGCAUGAUCUGUUCCUACGUCUGCCACAAGAAGUGCCAGGAGAAGUGCCUGGCCGAGCACCCUCUCUGCGUGGCCGCCACAGACCGACGCAGUGCCGACCCGGAGGCUAAGUCCACCAUCAACCGCGCCACCACAGGCCUCAGCCGCCACAUCAUCAACACCGGCUCCCGUCUGCUCAACCUCCGCCAGGUACCCAAGAGCCGGCUGGCAGAGCAAGCGGCUGACGUUGUGCCUGACGUGGUGCACACCCCCGACAUCUCAGACAACGAGAGCAGCGAUACAGAAACCUAUGCCGGGGCCAGCCCCUCCAAGCAUGCAGCCGGCGUCACCACCAAGCUGGUAAGGAGGGAGGGAGGACUUGAUGACAGUGUAUUCAUCGCGGUGAAGGAGAUUGGCCGGGACCUGUACCGGGGCCUUCCCACCGACGAGCGCUCGCAGAAACUGGAGCUGAUGCUGGACAAGCUGCAGCAGGAGAUCGACCAGGAGCUGGAGCACAACAACGCCCUGAUGCAGGAGGAGAGGGAGACUGGGGACGCCCGGAAGAAGGCUCUGAUCACGGCCGCCCUGGCCAAGUCUGGGGAGAGGCUCCAGGCUCUCACCCUGCUCAUGAUCCACUACCGGGCAGGCAUCGAGGACCUGGAGUCUGUGGAUAGUGCCGGCACCUCCCCCUCGGAGCCACAUGGCCUCCAGGCCAAGGGCGGGGCCUUGGAGGAGGCAAUACUGGGGACAGAGGUUUAUGACAGUGACAUAUGCAGCCCAGUGGAGGCUCAGCUGCUGGAUGACAUCACAGAGGAGCAGAUUUGUGUGGAGGCGCUCCACUAGAGAGGAUGAGGCAUGGGCUUGAGACUUACAACAAAAUCAUUGGAAUCUUUUUCUUUGGGGGUGGUGGGGUUUAGGUUACCAUCUGAAGAUUAUCUGAAGUGGUCUGGUGAGGGUGCAAUUGUUGUUUUGUAAACCAAUCGGUCAUGCGAUUCAUUCUUGUUUUUUUUUCUAGUUUUCUUAGUCAUACUUUUAAAGGGAAGCUGGAAAGCUAGAUUGUGACCUGCUUCAAUUGGCAUUAAGAGCAGUCUCCCAAGUCAAUCUGUAAGUGCUUGGAUUCAAUAAAAGUUGAAAACAUACUGUACAUUAAUAUUCCAUUCUAUUUUAGCUUUUAUUGACGUUAAUUCAUUUGUUUUCCUUACAAGGCACCUUGAAACAAAACAUAUUUUCCUAUUGCUUGAAAAUGUGAGCUUAAAUGUUUGUAUUCAAUGUUUUAAAUGGAACUGUUUGAUAUUUUAUCACUUCAAGUUACAGCAACCACUUUUCAAAUUUGGCAUAAGAUUACAAUCAAAAUGUGAUCACCAUAGCAGGAGCUAUGCAAAUUGCAAAUGGUUCUGUUUUUAUCUAAAUUGUCUUUGGGCAAGGAAAUAAAUAUUAGUGUAAAAUAUAUAUAUAUAUAUAUGUAUAUGUAUAUAUAUAAUAUACUGUAUAUACUCAACCAUAUGGAAAUGUGUUUUGUUUCAGAUUAUGUACUUCAUGUCAGUCAUAUCUUCUGUUUGAGUACUUUUAAUUAAUGCAUAAUCAAGUUUUUGAGGUCACCCAUGACUUUUCUCUUCUUUUUUUUUAGUUUUUGGAGGUUCUGGAACUACAAGCUCAUGUGAUAAUUCAAUGAAAUGGGCAAUAAUGUGGGGAAGAUAGUGGUCUAUCCCUGUCAUCCUCGGUUUAGUGUUUGUCACCGAGGCCAAACAUGUUUGACUAUGUAUAUGACCCAUUGUUUAACCAGCAUAUUAACUGUACAUGUUAUUACUUUCUGUUACUUGUUUUCUGGGGGAAGGGAUAUAGGGAUGUAAUAGUUGUUUCUAAUUAAGUUAUUUGAUUAAGCACCUGUUUUCUUACCCCCCGUCCAAAUGGUUUAUUUGUAUGGAUAUAAUAACCCUGGACUAAAACUCAACUCAAAUAUGAUGGUGGUGGUGGUUUUAUCCGAUCAUGUUACUUGAGACUAAAUGCUUGCUGUUCAAAUUCUUAUUGAUAGAUGCAAAGUAUUUAUGUAUUUAUGGCAGAAAAUUCAUUUAUUUGGUUAAUUUUGUGAUGAGUGUUGUUGUGUAAGAUACAGGAACACGUGGAUUUCUUUUUGUUUUAUUGUAUGUAUAUCGGUCUUUAUUUAUGUGGUUUGGUGACGGGUGUUGGGUCUGAUUUUGAUAAAUACUCAGAGCAGUUAGGCUGUGAUUGUGUAAAGUUCUUGGCCUUUGAAAGUUGUUCUCAAUUAUGGACGAAUGUAUGUCCAUUUCUAUGUAUGUGUAAAUACAGUCCAGCACAAACCCUCUACAGAAAUGCAACCACUGUUGUACCCCAAUACAGUGAUGUCAUCAUGACAGGCCACAAACAAACUCCAUACAAAACUAUUACAACUGUUGUAAGGCACAGAAGGAAAAGCUCUGCUUUUAGGAUAAGGAAAGCGUAAUUCUCUUCUCAAGGGACCCAAAGCCACUGGAUAGGAUCACUACGGGUGUGCCCGAAUACCCAUAGCUAUACUCCUAAAUAGUAGGCUGUUUGAAUAUGCGGGGAAAAAAUAAUGUUUUUUAGUAUGUGAAAUGUUGAAAAUCUAGUAUACUUUAAAUGCCCCGAUGUCAUACUCAUUUCAGCUUUUUUAUCUAGUCGAAUACGCUGCACACUACUGAGGAAGAGAAUUGUCUUUUCACGCCCACGUUUGUUCGAGAACAACUGAUAAUCAGAAUAAGGAGCACGCCUUACAAAGAAUAUUAAAUGGUGGGGAACAAGCGCGCAUUCCAUGGCGCCUUCUCAGUAUGGAUGAGUAGUAUGUUGAUAUUUGUUGCUGACUGCAUACGUUUGUACUCAACAGUAUGUUCUAAAUAGUAUGUAGUACGAUUAGUACACCGUAUGCAGUUUAAGUAGUAGGCAAGCAGGAUUUCGACACAGCCUAUGACUUCUAUUCUAUUCUCACCAGGCUCAUUGAAAUCACAGUGCGUUUCUGUGGCUGUGCUGCCAUUGCUUCAGCAUAGGACCAGAGAUGGUGAAGUGGCUCUUUGGGUCAGACAGGAGAUGGAAGAAAAAGGGUGAAGGGGAAAGAAAGCUAAACUAAAUUCUGUGCAAUAGACGUGAUGCUCUUGUUGAAGCUGGCUUGGCUGCUACUUGUUGAUCUCUCUUCAAUUGUUGUAUAUUCAGAUUGUCGUGCAAUAUUUUUGUAGGAAAUGAAGACAAAAGUGAUAAUCGGGAAAGGAUUCUUCAGUUUUCUAUUUCUCUCCAUAGAAAACCGUAUCUGACCGUUAGGUAACUUGGGACCCCUGGGCUGGAAUUGAGCUCAUGAGAAGAGUAAACAAAACCACAUUUUGGGCUGUCAUGCUACUUCUGCUGCUGUUGUAACUCUGUACUCUCUAAACCCAUUCGUACGCUCCUGAUCUGUCUCUCCCUACGAUUCACAGUAUACUAACAUAGUGUCAUGGCUUUCUGCUGCGGAAUUUUGUUUUUGUAAGAGGGACGUUGUACACGGUUCUAGACAUGGAUCAUGUGAUGAAGCGCUAUUGUACAUGGCCUCAAUAAAAAAGCUCACCUGAAGUCCA